AUGCCUGCCAACGCCAUCACCGUGAUAUUCUCCCCCUACCACGUUGGAAUUCGUGAUCACCGCGUCGGUAACGGCCCCAAUCGUAUUCGAAAGCUUGGAAUUAUCCAAGCCCUUGAAAAACUGGGAGUCUCCAUAAAAUGUGUCGAACUAGACCGAGUCGAUGAAUUCGAAGGUGAAAUAGGCCGAAGCUUCGAGCUUCUUCGACGCUUAUCCACGGCCGUCACCGAGGCCGUUGACCACAACACUUUCCCUCUCAUUUUAUCAGGAAACUGCAUGGCAAGCGCAGCUGUUGCCUGUGGACUCAAUAUCGAUGACUUGAACUUUAUCUAUUUUGACGCCCAUGACGACCUCGAUUCUCCCGAUGUGAAUGAGAACGGAUAUCUUGAUGCCAUGGGGCUCUCAAUGCUCCGCGGUGAGAGCUGGAAAACUCUCAUGAAGACAGUUCCCGGUUUCAAGCCAUUGAAAUAUGACGGGAACUUCUUGUACUGCGGUCUACGUGAUCAAAGCCAGGUGCAAAGACAGCGUGUAAUCGAUGCUGGAAUGGCUUCUAUCUGGGGCGAACUUGAUAGAAAGGUCGAUUUUGCGGGUGAAUUGAAUACGCAGCUGGAAGCGAAGUCCUAUGGAUCGUCGUUGGUUCAUCUUGAUUUGGAUGUCCUGGACGAGUCUUAUGGGAAGGUCAAUGAUUAUCCUUCUCCUGGGGGCUUGUUUGAGUCUGAGUUGAUCCAGUGUAUGGAUAUUGUGCCCAGGAAAAGCAAGCCCAAGUCUCUGACUGUUUGUUCUUUUGAUCCUGAUUCAGGUGACGGCGAUAAGAUCGCCCAGAUUGCCAUUCGCGCCAUCGUUACUUUCGUUAAUUCACUAUUGGAAACAAAUGCAUUGAGCAAGGCGUGA